AAAAAAAAGAAGCGUUGUAGAAAAAUAGGAGCAGAAGAAUACGGAGGUUUUUGUUUUCCCGGAUCAUCAAAAAGUUUCUCCUUUCUUCUCUUUCUCUUCUCCAUCCCUCUUUCGCCAUUCCUGCGAUUCUGAAAUUCCCAUAGCCUUUUAAUAUUUCAUUCAGAAUCGUAGCAAUGGCGUUCCCUCGUCUCUUUUGAUUUCGAGAAAGGGGUUGCCUUUUUUUUCUUCUCCUCAUUCCCGCCGCCGGCAGAUGGCCAACUCGCCCCCAUCGUCGCGAAAUCCUCCGAAGUUGGUGGAUUGUUGGUCGUUUCGGUUUCUUCUCGCUGCGGUCUCAACCCCCACAUAAAUUAAAAGGAUCUGAAUCGGAUUCAUCGAGCCAGAGAGCGGAAGAUCUCCGAUUUGAAUUUUUGGGGAAAAAAUGGGGAAAGGUUGGUUUGUCGUGGAGAAAGCCAGGAGAUGCUUAAGGACGGCUUUCUUCAUGGUUGCGAUGUUGGUGUCGCUUUUAGUCUCGUCGUUGCCUGUGCUUGUUGCCAUUGGCGACGUCUUGGUGCUCACAUUUUUGCUCUCGAGCUUUACUUGUUUGACCUGCCACGGCUUCAAGGAGCAUCUGAGUCGAUACGGUUUCAAGAGCUCUCUGACUGAUAUUCCUCUCGUCUCCCUCGUCAGAUCUUUCCUUGUCAUCUGUGUGUAUUCAUUAUCCGAUGGCCCUGCGCUCUCGCACGGUCCCUACCUCGGAACUGUGUCGCUGUGUUCUCUCGUUUCAAUUGUUCUUCUCUCAGUAAAAGCUUGCGUUUUCACUGCUAAUUCCCAAUUUAACGCCGAAGCAUCGUCCUCUCCGUCAAGGCAACGGCUCCAUCUGAAGAAGUCUUGGGGGAUGCCGGUUUUGUUCCUUUCAUCUGUGGUUUUUGCUCUUGGUCAUAUGGUUGUUGCUUACAGAACAAGUUGCAGAGCAAGGAGGAAACUCUUGUAUCACAGAGUCGACCCUGAAGCAGUUCUUUCCUGCAAAAGUGUUUUCUCCAGCUACCAGAAAGUCCCACGUUCUCCCGUUCCUUUGGUAGGAAAGGCCUCCAAGACCGAUGGACGAAAGUUGCCUUCCUCAACAUCCCAUGAUGAAGGAGAGCUUCCAGUGAGAUUGCUUGCUGAUCUUGACAGCUUGUUCAUUACAGUCAGGGGUCUCUCUGUGCAUUACAAGAUCUGCACACCGGGUUCUCCUCGGCAGUCUCUCUCUUCAACCGUCGAAGCCAAUUCUAUGCUCAACAUGCCAGAGGCAAUGGCAGGUAGGUUGAAGCUUGACAGGAAUAUAUUGAGCAUGGUCACGAGAAACAAGCUCAAUCAUCACCACCACAGGAGCUACAGCAGCCUGUUCAACAAUUCGUCUUCUUCCUUGCACGACCCUCUCCUAGAUAGCUCUCCUACUUCUCCUCUUACUUUCAAAGAUAUGCAGGAAGAAGCUUGUCGAGAGGAUGACAUGAAUGUGUCCAGUUUUGGUGCCACGGAGCAUCAAGGUGCGGAUGGAAGCGGUCAGUUUGGUGUAGUGCUGGUUCAUGGCUUUGGCGGAGGAGUGUUUUCUUGGAGACAUGUGAUGGCUUCUCUCGCCCAUCAGCUUGGCUGUGUUGUCACUGCAUUUGAUAGGCCUGGUUGGGGAUUAACCGCGAGGCCUCAUAAAAAGGAUUUGGAGGAAAGAGAGUUGCCAAACCCUUACACUUUGGAAAAUCAGGUAGAUAUGCUUGUUGCUUUUUGCCACGAAAUGGGAUUUGCUUCAGUAGUAUUGGUUGGCCAUGACGACGGAGGUUUGCUUGCUCUCAAGGCUGCGCAAAGAUUGAUAGCAUCAAAAGAUCCCAUCAAAGUGAAAGGAUUGGUUUUGCUUAAUGCAAGCUUGACGAGGGAAGUAGUUCCAGCUUUUGCAAGAAUAAUUCUGCAUACAUCACUAGGAAAGAAGCACCUUGUUCGCCCGCUUUUACGCACUGAGAUAGCUCAGGUGGUGAAUCAUCGCGCUUGGUAUGAUCCUACCAAGAUGACAACAGAUGUCUUAAGGCUAUACAAGGCACCUCUUCAUGUCGAAGGCUGGGACGAGGCACUUCACGAGAUAGGUAGACUCUCAUCCGAAAUGGUGCUUCCAACUCAAAAUGCACUGUCACUUCUCAAGGCAGUGGAAAACUUACCAGUAUUAGUCGUUGCUGGAGCAGAAGACGCACUUGUUCCCCUCAAGUCCUCCCAAGUCAUGGCUUCAAAACUCGUAAACUCUAGGCUAGUAGCAAUCUCAGGAUGCGGGCAUCUGCCACAUGAGGAGUGUCCCAAGGCGCUUCUUGCAGCCAUGUCCCCAUUCAUCAGCAGACUUGUACUUGAUGACUGAGUGACUGAUCACCUUCUUCGUGUCUUCUUAGCUCACAAUCGAUUAGUGUUUGUGUGUGUGUGUUUUUUUUGUCUGCCCCAAAAGGAAAGGAAAGAAGCUGGGGUGGUUUUGAGGGUAUUAGCAGUUGUGUAGUCAUCAUAACCAGAGUUAUUGUAACCACCUCUGUUUUUCUCAUCUGGGUUUUUUUCAUGGUUUGUAGUCUUCUAUUUAUUGGUCAGAUGAAAGAUGAGAGGCUGGGCUACUGAAUCUUUGUAAAUUUUCCUGGUUUGGAAUACGCGUUAGCUUUCAAUGUUGUUCCUUCUUUUGUUGAGCAUUGACUACUAAAACCAAACCAGCCGGUAUAGAAUCUGAAAGUGGAUAGAUCGAUCACCAAAG